CUGGAACGCUUAUUGCAAAAAGGCGCGCAUGCUAGCUUACGGAAUUAAAAUCGUGUUUUUAUUUAAUUAUUGUUAAUUUACUGCAUGCCCAUACAACAUGUCACUUUGGGUGGACAAAUACCGGCCGCGGGAACUGGCCAAGUUGGACUUCCAUAAGGAUCAAGCGGACAAUCUGCGUAACCUGUGCAAGCAAAGUGACUUUCCGCAUCUCAUGUUUUAUGGACCUUCGGGCGCCGGCAAGAAGACCCGGAUCAUGUGCCUUCUGAGGGAGAUGUACGGAGCCGGCGUGGAGCGGCUCCGGAGUGAAACCAUGACAUUCACCACUCCAUCAAACCGCAAGAUCGAGGUGAUGACAGUCAGUAGCAAUUACCACCUGGAGGUGAAUCCCUCCGAUGCCGGCAUGUACGACCGAACGGUGGUUAUCGAUCUGAUCAAACAAGUGGCUCAGACGCACCAGAUUGAGAUCAAUGGCCAACGGGAGUUCAAGGUGAUUGUCAUUUCCGAGGGCGAUGAGCUCACUAAGGAUGCCCAGCAUGCCCUGCGCCGGACCAUGGAGAAGUACGUGGCCACUUGUCGGAUCAUUAUCUCGGUUAACUCCACGUCCCGCAUCAUACCGGCCAUUCGGUCGCGUUGCCUAGGCAUACGGGUAGCAGCGCCCAACGAAACGGAAAUCGUGUCAAUCCUGCAGAACACCUGUAAGCGAGAGGGUCUCACUCUGCCGGUGGAGCUCGCCAAGCGGGUGGUGGACAAGUCGGAGCGCAAUCUCAGACGGGCUUUACUAAUGCUAGAAGCCUCCAAGGUUGCCAAGGCACCGUUCACUGCCAACCAGGAGAUACCCGACCUGGACUGGCAGGUAUUCCUGCGCGAGACUGCUUCACAAAUCAUCAGCGAGCAGACGCCUGGCAAACUGGAGAAGAUCCGCGAGCGCCUGUACGAGCUUCUCACCCAGGGCGUACCGCCCAAUCUAAUUUUCCGAGGACUUGUUGAGCAGCUUGUGAACAACUGUGACAUGUCCAUCAAGGCAAAGACACUAGAGUUUGCAGCGGAAUACGAGCACCGAAUGCAGUCGGGGGCCAAGCACAUUUUUCACCUGGAAGCUUUUGUCGCCCAGUUUAUGAACAUCUACAAAAAGUUCCUCUCUGAGCUGGUUAUGACAGAUGACUUUUAAUGAACUCCGUAAAUUAAUUAAUUAUUCCGAAAAACUUAAAUAAUAAACUGAA